UUUUAGUAAAUGUCUACAGGAGAAGAGGUUCCUAGCCCAUCGCUCCCUGCAUUUUAGUCGCCACAUACGACACGCAGACACGCAUGGCUUAUUGAGGAAAGAUUCUGUUCAACCUCCCCAUGGACAAUAGAAGAAAUAAAGAAGAACAAGAGCUAUUUAGAAAAAGGAGAAAAACCUAGAUAAUUUGCCUUCAUUUGCGUCCUUCUAUUGCCGGGAAAGUGAAGUAAACAACUUGAUUCAAGCAAUAAAGAAAACAAACAAACUUAUGAAGCAAGAAGACUUAACAUUAUACUCUCUUCCCCACUACCUAGAAGAACCACUACAGAUGCUGACUCAAGAAAUGAAAACCUGCAUAAACAUUGACAGAUUUAACUCCUUCAUCUACCAGCCUCACUUGGAUACUGAUCCCCUCAGAUGUGGGUCAGGUUUCCGUGUCUGUCGACUGGGAAAGGCAGGACUGCAACAUAUGUUACUGAAGAACACCUUCUUGAAGAAUAUACCAGAGGAGCUCAUGUGGAUGCUGACGGAGAAUGUGCCAGCGGUCGGUGUGUACCUUGAUCCAAGUGUAACAAAGGAGGUGUUCCUCGACAUUCAGAAUUUACCCUAUGCUGGAGACAAUGAAAUUCCAGUGUCUUGGAUUUCUCCCACCGUUUGUGGUUAUCUGGGUAUGUUAGGGACAGAGAAAGAUUUCAGGAGACUGGGCCAUGCAACUCUGGUAACAAGAGUAGCAGCCAGACUAUUAGCUAGUAAGGGUUGCAUCCCUCACUGCCAUGUAGACAUCACAAACACAGCUUCUAAAGAGAUGUUUAAUAAGAUGACAGGAUGGGAACAAACUCACUCAGGAUUAUCUUUCACGUCUGCUGAGAACAAACAAAUAUAAAUUAAAAAGAAACAACUUAAUAUUUGAGAUUUGUUUGAAAUGUGUUCAAAAUACUCGAAAUUUAUAUAAAUAUGAUAUCCACUUCUCAAUAAAAUGUUCUUUGAAAAGAUUUCCUCUUAAAUGACCCUAAUGGAAAUAAGUCACUCUGACUAUUUUGGGUUAUCCCAGGUCCUCUACACAUACAACAACAACAACAACAACAACAAUAAUAAUAAUAAUAAUAAUAAUAAUAAUAAUAAUAAUAUAAUAAAGUUCAUUUGGACAUGAUACAUAGUAGUACAAAGAAUUAUAGUAACUGGAUGUACAUGCCAAAAGCCCCUUGUAUUAUGGGCAGGCUUAAAAUUAAUUAAAGAUUAACUAAGCAAUGAUAGAUUCAGUGGUAAAAAAUACAGUAAACAUUUUACAAAAAGAAGUACAAAUUAGUAUUUUAAACAAUGAAAUUUGAAUAUUUCAAUUAUGAAGCUUUACAGUUGUACAAAUUUGUAGCAUUACAAUAUAUAACAAAACAAAAUGAUCAAUUUACUAUAUGUAGUCAUACAAUUUAUUUAUCAGAUCAAAUCGAAUAAAAUCAAUGAUUUGUUGUGCAGAAUUAGCUUAUAUGGUCAUUAGAUGAGUUACUGUGCAUCCAAGAGAAUGGAUUAUUCUAUUAGGUAAUGCAAUCUUUGAGCAUUUAAUUAUAGGGUUAUGAGGCUAGGGGAAUAACACAGUGUUUAAUUAUAUUUUGAGGGAGUAGAAAGUGUUUUGAUAAUUUUGUAGUUAGAGUUAAGUACUGUGUAUUUAGUUUUGGUUGAGUAAAUGGUUUUUAAGAUGAGUCUUGAAUUGAUAAACAGUGUUUCUUUUGUAUUCACAAGUAAUGAGUUCCAGAUUUUUGGGCCUUUUAUGUGCAUUGAGUUUUUACAUAGUGUGAGAUGGACACGAGGAACAUCAAAUAGUGAUCUGUGUCUUGUGUUAUGGUCAAUUGUUCUGUUGAAGUUGGUAAGGAGAAGUUUGAUGGGAGGGUUUAUAUCUGAGUUUAGUGUUCUAUGAAUGUAGUAGGCACAAUAAUAAGUAUGGAUGUUUUGUACGGUGAAUAAGUUUAGAAUUUUGAAUAUUGGUGGAGUAUGUUGCCUGGAGUGGGAAUUUGUUAUUCUGACUGAAGCCUUUUGUUGGGUAAUUAAUGGUCUGAGAUGAUUUAUUGUUGUUGAGCCCCAUGCACAGAUUCCAUAGGUGAGAUAGGGGUAAAUAAGUGAGUGAUACAGGGCCAGGAGAGUUGAUUGUGGAACAUAGUACCGUAUCUUUGAUAGUAAGCCUACAGCCUUGGAGAUUACCUUGGAAAUUUGUUGUACGUGUGUUUGAAAUUUGAGUCUAUUAUCAAGAUGGAUUCCUAAGAAUUUUCCCCUCUGUGAGCUUUGUGAUAGGUGAACCAUUUAUCAUUAUGUUAAGUGGAACAUUUGUAGUUUUGUUCCCAAACUGAAUGAAGUAUGUUUUGUCAAUACUGAGAGAAAGCUUGUUAAUCAUCUUCCAGGUAGAUAUUUUCUGUAAUUCAGUAUUUACAGUAAUGGCUAAAAUGACUGGCCUGGGUAAGAGAAGAUGUAUGUACUGUCAUCUGCAAAUACAGUACUAUGGGCUUGAGUAGCUGAGAUGUAUUUGGUAGGUCGUUUAUGUAAAUGAAAAAGAGAAAAGGGCCUAGGACACUUCCCUGUGGGACACCAACUGUAAUUGGUUGCAUGGAAGAGUUAGCUCCAUUUGUGAACACAUAUUGUCUUCUGUUGCUGAGGUAUGACUUUAGGUAGUUGAGGGAAUGCUCUCUUAUACCAUAGUGCGAUUAUUUUAUUUGGAACAAUAUAUGCUGCUAUAUAUGAUAAUCUCUGUAACUGUAUUUGUGUAUACCUGAAUAAACUUAUUUAUUCUUAAUAUCU